ACAAAUUUCAUCCACCACCAUAAUCCUCCAUCCACCAUGAACUCCUCCAUCCUUCCAUUCACCAAAUCCAUCACCAAUUCCCCUCACAUAUUCACCACCGCCAGGCCUCACCACCACCACCACCACCACCACCAACCACCACCACCACUCCACCUCACAAGAAACAACAGCAAUGAUUCAAGUAACAACACCACCACCAACACAGCUUCUUCUGAUGACACUAGCAGUGCAACCUCAUCACCGCAACCGGUUCAGAUAAAAUUCAAACGCGGGGCGAGGAGGAAAACACGAAGAAAGCAAGAAAGCGGAUCGAAUGAAAAUGUGAUGAUGAUGAUGAAGAAAGAAGUAGUGAAAAAAGACUGGGAGGAAAUGACAGUUACAGAAAAAGCAUUGGAAUUGUAUGUAGGCGAAAAGGGUUUGUUGUUUUGGAUUAACAAGUUUGCUUAUGCAUCCAUUUAUAUCAUAAUUGGUGCUUGGAUUCUGUUUCGGUUUGUUGGUCCUGCUCUUAAUCUUUAUCAGCUUGAUGCUCCGCCUUUAUCGCCUACUGAUGUACUUAAGGGAUCUCCUAAAUGAUGCAGACACAACCCAGAUUCAUAGUUUUUUUCUAUAAUUUCAGUUGAUAAGAAUUGUGUCUGAUACGAAAUUGUAUCGCGGGUCGAAUAGUAAACACAAAGUUUUCCCACAACUUUUUUUUUUACCUUAUUUGUGUACAAUUUAUUAUCCUUUUUGUGUGUGAUGCAAGACUCUAGGUGUAUUAGUGGAAGCCUGAUAAGCUAAGACUCCUAGCUGUAAAUUUACAUAUCAUCGCCAUCUUUGAGGUGUGAUAUGGUACAAAAUUAGGAAGAACAAGGUCAUGUUAUUGAUCAAAUGAAAUUUUCUAGACUCUAAGCAGUAA